UUUCCUUUAAAUCCCAACACCUGUUUAGUGAAAGUGUAAUGUUAUUGCAAUGUAUUGUUGUGCUCUGAAAGUGCAUUGGCAAUUUGUGUAUGAAAAUGUUUUGAUAUCAAUAAGCUAAAAUAAACUUUUUGGAAGAGCAUUUUCCAAUGCUUAAGUGGAAAAAAGGCUAUGGUGGGCCUGAAAUUCCUGAGACAACAAAACCUAAAGAUGCUGCUGUGUUCCUCCACAUGUAGAAAUGCUUUACUAAAUAUGUGUGUUGUUCAGUGUCACCGCUCAGUUACCUGAGGUGUAGGAUCUCAGAAACUGACUAAAAGAGCCUCGAGUCUGCACUGGACAGCACUCGCUGUCUGUUAUCUAAGCUCUGGAGAGUUCAGAAAAAAUAUAUAUAUCAUGAAGGUGCCUGUUUCUCCCCACACGUGGUAAAGGCACCCAAAGAUGGUUGCUUCAGCACUGGCAGUCCCUUCUUUGCUAAGGACCAGUUUACAUUGAAAAGUCAUAACAGUCAUGGCAUCCAACAAAUUUGUCAUUAAGUGUGGGAACUUUGCUGUUUUGGUGGAUGUUCAUAUUUUGCCUCAAGGCUCCAGUAAAGACACCAGCUGGUUUUCAGAUCACGAGAAAGAGGAGGUCUGCAUGCUCCUGGAAGAGGUUGUUGCUUCGAGGGUCAGGCACUACUUGGAAGCGCCUAAACAGCGUGGUCAGUGGAAAUCGAUGGAACAUGCAUCAUCUGCUCCUUUGUUUAUUACAGGAUUUCUGUCAUUCUCAGGAAUGGAAAGUGAAGAAACCUCUGUGUACAUUACAGCCAACAGUUUUCACAUUACUGCCUAUUUUAUGAAGAGAUGGGUUAAUCUCCGUUGUGCUGUAGGGGAACGUUAUCGUGAGCUACGUGUGUUUCCAGACAAAUUUGUAGUUUGUGUCAGUAAACUUGAAUUUAAUCCAAGUGCUUGGACAUGUGAAGAGGGUGCAUUGAAAGAAGAAGUUUCCAGUGGGACAUCUGAAUAUUUUACUGAAUCUGCUGAGAACAGAAAGCUUAAGAUUAGUCUGAACGAGCAGAUAAAGCAAGACAUCUUGAGAGAAAUUGUGAAAAGGACAAAGAAAAGGAAAAGUAGCACAAGCAAACCCCAAACCAGCAAGGACUCCAAGAAAGUGGAUUUUGGCGCAGUGGACUCACAGACAGAGAACAGAAAGAAUGAGUGUCAAACUUCCACCAAUCCUCAAUCUGAAGUGAAAUGUAGGAGUACAGGACAACUAAAGGAUUGCAUAAAUACAGCUGAGAGCAACUUGGAGCUUCCUAUUUUAGAGAUGGAAAAUAACGUUAAUCAGAGACAGCCAGAGGAUACUAGCAGCCAGCGAAAACCUCACUCUGUGGAGCAGUUGAAGUCAAGACUUCUAAGCAAGAACCCUCCUUGUAGCUAUGAGUCAGCACUGCUAGAUCCAAAACAAAAUCAAAAAGUGACCAAAACACAGGCUCAACAAGGGAGUUGUGGUUCAGAAGAAAAGUUAGACCAUUUCAAAAAAGCAUCCUCUAAAGAGGCUGCUUUAAUUCCUAGGAAUACCGAAAUGAGUAAAUGGAAUGAUGGUUGUUCAGGUCUGUUCUUGGAGGAAAAGACCCCACUUAAUUCCAUGGUGUUUUCUGAACAAGACUUAACAAAGACUGUGUCUGAUGAAGAGUCACUUACUUUGGGAAAAAACCUCUCCCAGCAACCUUCUGUGGGGCACAACAUAGUGCAGACAAACCAAAAUGAACCAGGCACAACCACCAAAGAAUUACCUGCCAUGCCUUCGUCAUCUUGUUUAGAACUGCAGCCUGUGCCUUUGGAGAAGUCUACACAAAAAAGGAAAAAAGAGGGUGAAGAUGGUCUCAGGAAGUUAAAACUACGAAGGCUUAAGAAGUCAUAAAGCCUGAAAUAUUACCUCGGUGGCAUGGAAUGGACAGCCAGAUUUGUGUUUGGAAAGCAUAUGUAAAAAGUAGGAAGCAAUUCAAAAUAAUGAAAAGUAAUCUUUAAAAAGUCCAAAUUAGAUAAACUUUUAAAGAAAAAAUAGUUAACUAAACAUCAUAGCUAUUUGGCACUGUAAGAUAAUUCUGUUAUGUCUUUUGACAUUAGACCCAUAAAUACUGUACAAAUCAGAUGUAAUAUUUAUAAAAGGAAAAAUCUCCUAUAAAAUAUUUACUAAGCAGAAUUUCAGAUCUCUGCAUGUUUUGGUACUAUUAAAAAGUCCUGACAGCUGAUGACAG